UCCAGAGGAUCUCACACCGCCGAGCGCAGCUCUCAGCCCGGGUACGGAGUUCGCGUCGGCCCGCUGCGGAGGGAGGGAGGCGGAGGGGGUGUUUGCCACGAUAGGGGGGCUGACUUUGUCCGAUCCGAGGAAUGUGACGCACGGACUGGAAGGAGACCUGUAGGUCGGUGGUUUCACCGCGGAGAACCGUGAAAGACAAACGAGGGAAGAACUGAAGUAGUGCUGCAAAGGCGAAACUUCCCUGAGACCCUCAUUCUUGACUUUUGAUCAGACCCACCUUAACGAUGGCCCGUCGAUCCCAGAGUUCAUCGAUCGGAGAUAAUCCUCUGGACCCAAACUACCUGCCUCCACUCUACCGUGAGGGGUAUCGUUUGGCUAUUGAUGAGCUAAUAGAGAAGGACAUUGAGGGCUACAACGAGUUCAUCCAGAAGGAGGGUAUUGUAAAUUUUCUUGCCCAACCGGAAAUUGAGCACAUCAAGUCCACGCUUCAGAUACCCAACCAGACCUCGAACCUACCAGAGUUGACGUAUUAUGAGGGAGGUCAAGAGACCGAUGGGUCCUCUGGCACCUACUGGCCAAUGGAGUCGGACACGGCGGCACCGGGACUAGAUCUGGGAUGGCCACAGUUCACCUAUGCUGGACCCACAGAGGUCACCACACUGGUCAACCCCUCCGAACCUGACGUGCCAAGCAUUAAGGAGCGUGCACGGAGGCUCAUCAAGAAUGCACGACAAGUUAUUGCGAUUGCGAUGGACAUAUUUACAGACGUUGACAUUUUUUCAGAACUUUUGGAGGCAGCAGCACGCCAAGUUGCAGUCUACAUUUUACUGGAUGAGCAGGACGCUCAUCACUUUGUCUCUAUGGUCAGCAGCUGCAAAGUCAACUUGGACUUGAUUCAAAUGAUGCGCGUCAGAACCGUUGGGGGGAUAACGUAUUACUCUCGGACAGGAAAAUCCUUUAAAGGACAGAUGAAAAAUCGCUUUAUGUUGACUGACUGUAGGGCUGCGCUCAGCGGGAACUACAGUUUCAUGUGGUCCUACGAAAAGAUCCAUCGCUGCAUGGUGCAUCUCUUCCUGGGGGAGAUGGUUAACUCCUUCGAUGAGGAGUUUCGUAUUCUCUAUGCCCAGUCAGAGCCUCUGGUCAUCAACCAGUUCAGCGUACCACUUGCUAUCUCAGACCACACCGCUGGCAGUUAUUUACACACCCAGAUUGGUUUGAAGAGGACACAGUCUCUACUUAAUUCCAUUGGUUACAGGCAGCCGGAGAUUACCCCAGCCUUCCCCUACGGGGACGCAGACCGCAACCCUUUUAGAAGGAACGAUCCGUUUCGUCACACGCUUGAACCCAACGCAGGAAUUACCAUUGGAAAAUACUCUCAGCAACAGUUUCGUCUGCAGCAGUCUUACUUAGAUCAGGGGAAGUCCAUAGUGUCCAGGCAGAUGGAGAUGAAAUCAAGUGCCUUUAAGAGGCACAGCUAUGCAGAAGGAACGCAGGAAACCUACUCCUCUUCCAGACAAUUCAUGAAGCACAGAGUCAUGAACAAUCUGGAUGAGACAGAUUUUCACAGAGAGCAGUUUCAAAGCAGCCAUUACUACAGCGAAGGGCCUGGACCAGGUUCUGGCCAUGGACACUAUGAUAGGCUUCGAGGCUAUCCUUCACACCUCUCCCUCGACCAGUAUUCAGACUCAAGCUAUCGCUCCUCAGAUCUGGAACCUCCACUUGGAAACAAAGACUACUUUUCAUCUGAUGACCUAAAAGGACCAGAAGGGCUUCAUGGUCCUCCACUAGCUGGGAGGUAUGAAGGAGGAACCUCCAACAGGAGGCCAACCAUUGGUCACACUUAUGCUUGCCAGAGUUCCCCGACACAGCUGCACCCACCAGAAAAAAAGUCAUUAUACAAGCAUUCUGGUCAAACCCACGAUCAAGAUCCAAGUGUAAAGGAAGGCAUGAGGAACUGGAGGAUCAACUCGUAUCUUAGUAAUUAUGACGGUGGUGGAGAAGAGGGUUUGCCUGAACCAAUGGGACCUGACACGUUUGAUGAUCCUCCAGCUAUUGAGCAACCAACUGCGCCUGAAAUUUCAACAUCACGCUUUGGAGUGAAGGAGCCACCAAAUGUUUUCCCUAUGCCCAGACCAGAUUUACUGACACCCCGUUUUGGAAAGCCCAAACUGACUGAAAGCAGCAAUAAAGACUAUAUUCCAUCAGCAGCAAGGGAUGUGCUUUCUUCUCGCACUGAUUAUAGGUCUUCUAUUCUUGAGAAGGAAAAAGAGAGGGAGUCAGAGAGAGUUGCAGCGAGGGAGGCAGGAGAGGACACAACAAUCAAAGAUGCUCCAGAUCUCUUUCUGUCCAGACAUGAAUCGGUCCGAUCACGUAUCAACCCGCUCCUUCAACGCAGCUCUCGCCUGCGCUCCUCACUUAUAUUUGCAUCUUCCAAGACGGAGAUACACAGUGGCAGCUUAGGUCUAAAACCAGCGACAGAGGAAGACGAGCAGUUAGAUUCUGUACAAACUUCCUCCAUAGUGGCCCAAAUUCUUGCAAAGAGGAGGUCUCUGUCUCGUGAGCCAUAUGAAUGGCGAAAAAAGUUUGAGGAAAGACAAAAGGACAAGGAAAUGAAGGAGAAAGAGGAGGAAAAAGAGAAAGAGCCACAAGAAGAGAAAAGGAAUGUAGAGGUGAAAACUGAAAUUAAGGAAAAAGAGGAACCUCAGAACACAGACAAGGAAGAAAAAUCACAGAGUAUUACGAAACCUGAAGACCAGAAACCAGUGAACGUAACUAAUGUAGCUUCUAGACUGCAAUAUUUUCAAGAUUUGGAAAACAAGAGAAAAGUCUCAAAAUUGAACACAGAUAUAUCAGUUAAAGCCUCAGAGCCUCCAGAAAAGAAGCCAGAUCUUUCAGAGAAACCUCCUCUCAACCCUUCAGCUACUCUAAGGUCCACAACUGGGACAAUCAGUCCAGCAGACAACGAACCAAAGAAACCAGACAUCUCUGCAAAACUGGCAGAACUCAAUCGCAGACCAACUUCGCCAAAAGUCUCAAUACUCACUCCCAAGCCUUUUGUGAGUUCUCAGAAGUCUUCAGAGACGUCGCAAUCUCAAAAAGAGGAAACUGUGUCAGAAGGUCCAAAGAAGGAACUACCUAAGUUACUAAAGCCUCUGUCCUCACCGAAGAUCUUCAAGAAAGAUGCGUUAAAGUUAAAGGGACUGAAUCCUCGUCGUGUCUCUUGUGGUGAGGAGAUUCUAACCACAGAUGCAACAGAUGCAGAAAAAAGUGAGCUGAAAAAGAACCGCGCUCGUAGUUCUUCAACGCUGUCACAUGAAGACUUUAAGGAAGGACUGCAUAAGCGUAUGGGAUCCAGUACAUCCAUUAACACAAUCGGUGAAGGGAAAGGUGAUGGCAAGACCCUAGAGUUUCUAAAGAAACAGACUCAGAGGUUAAAGGGGUUCCUGGGGCCAAAGGAUAAAGAUAAGAAAGCCUCAGGAGAAGAGAGGAACAUGACCACGGUCAUGGAGGUAACUGAUGAUCCAAGCAAAAAUCAGAGCUCACAAGCUAAAGAAACCAGCUCCACUACAGCCAAUCAACCCGCAAUCAAUCAUAAGACCUCAUCGGGAACAUCGGGCUCAUCUCGGUACCAGUCCCCAGGAAGCUCGGUCUUGUUCAGCAGCAACCUACGAGAUGACACCAAGGUCAUUCUGGAGCAAAUCUCCGCCAACAGCCAGAAAAACCGUCAGGAGCGAGAAGAAACAGGAGGGGACAAAGGCGAUGUUGCAGACAAAGGACUGGAGACAUCAAACCCUGGGAAAAAGAGUCGCUUUCUACGAACAUCGGGCAACAGCCAAGAGAGGGAGGGCUUACUGAAGAGGAUAGAGAGUCUGAGGAAGGAGAAGAAGGUCUACAGCCGCUUUGAGAUGGGGAAUAGCCUGGGAUAACAAACGAUGGAGGAGCGACCUUUUAUCUGGAAACUGUUCAUGCAAGAUGAUCAAAAGCGUCUAUUGCUAACUUGUGCCAACAACACUGAAAUACUCCCUAAAAGUACCUCUGCCCGACUCUGUGGACUUUUCUGGAUUUUUACAAAGAAGUAAUAAAACUUGAAGAGACUUUAUUGAAAAUGCUGAAAACAAACUAAACUCGCUGAGUUUGGAAUGUGCUUUUAUGCCAAGACCUGGUACUACUUUGCCUUAUAUGGUGACUGAGAGGCAAAACGGACUACUUGCACGCCGGCUACGCGGGCUGAUGUUUCACCAAACGCAAGAAGGUUGGGUGAUUCGCCUAAAACUGAGCUUGUACGAACGUGACUGUGGGACUUGGAGGAGACAGACUGCACACGUUGCACCCGAGGGAAAGAAAAUGGAUACAUGCCAGUCCAGAAAAAGGAAUAAACAAAAGCACGGCAGUAUUAGACCAGAGUGUACCAGAGAUGUGUCGUUUUUUGGGGGAAACGUUUAGCUGGGAGUGGUUUUUAACAGAAUCGGAGAAAGUGUCCUUGUGGUUUCAUCAAUGUGCCAACAGCUCAUCAAGGCUGCAGCUAGAAAAAAACCCAGAAGAAGUACAUAGGAUCCAAGAGAUGAUAAAUAGAAAGUGUUUUCUAAAAGCUAACAUUGAGGUUGUAGUGAACUUUAUCCUUUCAGGAGAGUGUGAUCUAUCUUUUCAUCAAGGUGUGGACUCAAUGUUCAGGGUUAAAUAUGUCAAAUAUGCAUUCAGGGAGGAGCUUUCCAAGUCAGAGGCCAUGUUUUCUUUUUUGUUUGUUUUUAAUAAAACAGAAAUAAAAUUGUAAAUAUUCUACCGCUGCCUUGUGUCACUGGAAAAUAGAGAAUUCACCUGGCUGUUUCUGUCUUUGCUGAAUUUCAAACAACCUGUGAGGGAAAGGUUGGGUGUACGACGCUGUUCUGGAGCGAAGCCAUGAUUCCUUAAGUAACUCACUCGACUUUGAAGGCCUACGCCCUAAGCAGGACUCAGCUCAUGUUGGCCUGUAAGCACAAUUAAAAUUUUGUUAAACGCUCGCCAGCUUGACUGGGCAAGAAGCGAUUUUGUGUGUUCUUGUUUAGUAAUUCUGAAGACUGGAUAUUUUGCUAGGGAACAAUUUAAAGUUUACACAGUCUUCCAUACAGGGCUUUAUUGAGUGUAUUUAUAGAAAAGGAGGCUUUUUCUUAUUUUAUGUGAUAAAUGAGAUCACGACCACCCUUGAUCCGCUGUAAAGUUUCUAAAUCAGACGGUAAUGCUGGAAAAUGUUAUUGGCAUUGAUUAGGAGGAAUCAGUUGCACAGGGUUUUGUGUUUUUAAAACUUAAAGAGUAUUAUGUUGUGUUUUGAAAAACUGCAAAAAAAGUUUUUGUUAUUAAAUGCUUUUAAAAUGA